GUAUCUUUCUCUCUUCCCUCUCGUUGGGCUUUACGCCGUCCCCCUCAAACAGUUCUUCCUGUGCUUUGUCUCUAUGCCGCCGGCGGCAGCCGCGUCGCGCUCUCCUGGUCACGGACGAUUAGGUCUUGGCGAUUCCGAGAGAAUGCAGGUUGAAUCUCGCGCGGGGAUGCGCUGAAUCGCGAUAUUUCGAUCACAGCGCGGUAUUUCGGGCGAUCCAUGAGCGAUGAAGAGUGGCGCCCAAUCAGCUGCAGCUGCUGCGCCGACGACGAGCGCGACGAGCAUGAGUUCCAGGCCUAGGUCAGCGUCUCUGUCGGCGCCGCGGAGAAGCAGCGCAGGGAAGAACGAUGGGGGAGCAAGAGUGAGAGUGGCAGUGAGGCUUCGGCCCAGGAACGCCGAGGAGCUUGUCGCGGAUGCGGAUUUUCCAGACGGCGUCGAGCUCCAGCCAGAGCUCAAGAGAUUAAAGCUUCGCAAGAACAACUGGGAUUCGGAGACAUACCAAUUCGAUGAGGUCUUUCCGGACACAGCGUCUCAAAAAAGAGUGUAUGAAGUUGUCGCCAAACCUGUUGUUGAGAGUGUAUUAGACGGGUACAAUGGGACAGUGAUGGCUUACGGGCAAACUGGCACGGGAAAAACUUACACUCUUGGCAAGCUAGGAGAGGAGGACUGUGCUGAUAGGGGGAUUAUGGUCCGUGCGCUGGAAGAUAUCAUGGCUGAUACCAAUCCAGAAAAUGAUACUGUUUAUGUCUCCUAUCUCCAGCUCUACAUGGAGUCUAUCCAAGAUCUGCUUGCACCUGAGAGGGACAACAUUCCUAUUGCUGAGGACCCUAAAACUGGAGACGUGUCUGUGCCCGGAGCCACACUGAUUCAGCUGAAGGACUACAAAAGCUUUAUUGGACUCUUACAAACCGGAGAAGCCAAUAGAGUUGCCGCAAACACCAAGCUUAACACAGAAUCUUCGAGAAGUCACGCAGUUCUCCUCGUGUAUAUCAAAAAGCAUGUGAAAGCCAAGGAAAGUUCGAAUGAGAACGGGUCGCGGAAUAGCCGUGCACCAGUUAUUCGGAGAAGCAAAUUGCUUAUAGUUGACUUGGCAGGAUCAGAGCGUGUUGAUAAAUCUGGCAGCGAGGGGAUCACCUUAGAAGAGGCGAAGUUCAUUAAUCUCUCUCUCACAGCUCUUGGUAAGUGCAUUAACGCACUCGCUGAGAACAGCCCGCAUGUUCCUACCAGGGAUUCGAAGCUGACAAGGCUGCUAAGGGACUCCUUUGGAGGUAGUGCAAGAACGUCUUUAAUAACAACCAUUGGACCAUCACCUCGCCAUCGCGGAGAAACUGCCAGUACCAUCUUGUUCGGUCAACGGGCUAUGAAAGUCGAAAACAUGCUGAAGCUGAAAGAAGAAUUCGACUAUAAAAGUUUGUGUCGUCGACUGGAAGCUGAUUUGGACAAGCUUAUUGUGGAGAACGAAAGACACGUGAAAGCUGUUGUUGAUGCUGAAGAGGAGCUUCAUGACAAGCUUAAUCAAGCGAGAUCUCGCGUUGCAGAGGCAGAGGGUAAGCUUGCAUCAGCCUUGGGGGAAAUGUCUUUGGAACGAUCAAGAUACCAAAAGGAUACUGAGGAACUACGCAGGCAAGCAUUGCAUCAUGUUAAUGACAUAAAAUCUUUGGAAAAAAAGCUGGAGGAGAAUGCAGCAGGUUUAAACAGUCAAAAAGAGAGGGAGAUACACGCCGAAAGGAUCAAACACGAGGAGGAAAUCACAAAUUUGGCAGACAACUACAAACGUCAGAACCUCAAUCUAUCAGAACAGCUCCAAAUAGAACGAACUCUAAGGCUGCAGCUUGAAGAGGAACUCUCAGCUCUUAGAAGUAGCUCAAAACAGGUGCCAGAGCAAUGUGUUGCUGAUCAGCUUACUGAGCUGAAGGAGCGACUUGAUAAGGAACGCCUUACCCGUGAGAACUUGGAACUUGAGUUGAGGAUGCUUCAGAACAAGGAAAACUACUCGACCGGUAGCACUGAAGCCAUCAAGGAAAAGCAGAAUGAGGAAAUUUUGAAUCUCAAGAAAAAACUCGAUGAAGAAAGCAAGCAGAGAAAGAAGCGGGAGGAGGAAAUCAGGAACUUGAGAUAUCAACUAGCCCAAAGUAACGAAGAUGCUGAGAUCAAGAGAAUUGAGAAAGGAGGCUCUGGUAGGAGUUCAUUCGGAUCUGAUAGUCCUUUGAACUUGCAUAGGCCAAACAUCCUAAGAGACACAAUCAAUGGUCAGCGAGCUACAAUUGCAAAGCUUUUCGAACAAGUUGGCCUGCAAAAGAUCCUGUCCUUGUUGGAGUCGGAAGAUGCCGACGUUAGAGUGCACGCUGUAAAGGUCGUUGCAAAUCUUGCUGCCGAAGAAGCAAACCAGGAGAAAAUCGUGGAAGCUGGAGGCCUCAAGUCAUUGUUGGUGCUGCUAGGCAACUCCGAGGACGAAACUAUCAGGCGCGUAGCUGCUGGUGCUAUUGCCAAUUUGGCUAUGAAUGAAAAAAAUCAAGAGCUUAUAAUGGGACAAGGCGGUAUCACGCUUCUAGCGACAACAGCGAACGAAGCCGAGGAUCCUCAAACUCUAAGGAUGGUUGCUGGCGCCAUUGCGAAUUUAUGCGGCAAUGAAACGUUACAAGUGAAGCUGCGAGAUGAAGGUGGUAUUAAGGCCCUUCUCGGGAUGGUGAGAACAAGGCAUCCAGACGUUUUGGCCCAGGUUGCUAGAGGGAUAGCCAACUUUGCAAAAUGCGAAUCUCGUGCCGUUUCUCAGAGCGGUCAUCGGGUGGGGAGGUCGCUGCUAAUUGAAGAUGGAGCGCUUCCCUGGAUAGUUGCGAAUGCCAAUAACGAGUCGUCUCCUAUUCGUAGACACAUCGAGCUCGCGCUUUGUCAUCUGGCACAGCAUGAAGUGAAUGCCAGGGACUUGGCUACUGGCGGAGCACUGUGGGAGCUUGUUCGGAUCUCCAGGGAGUGCUCGCGAGAGGACAUAAGAAAUCUCGCGCAGAAAACAUUGAACGCCAGUUCCGUGUUCCAGGCAGAGCUCCGGAGGUUGCACGUUUCUUACUGAGCGGUCGCUCUCGGGUUUGAAGAAAGAAAAAAAAACGAAAAAACCCAGAAACUUACAUGAAUGUGCUCAAAUCAAAGUUUUGGCCGUAAAUUUUUUACUGAGAUUCUUCUUAAAACGUUGAAAGACCAUGGCUGGAAACUUGGACAAAUUCUAAGGCAGCAAGCAGUGGCUGAUCGUUUCAA